AUGCAACAGUCCAGGGCGAUAUUUCGCGUUUCAUCGAUUGGAAUCAAUACAAUCGAUGACGAGGAUAAAUGCGAAAUGCUACCGGGCCUUAUUAACAGACAAAUCCAGGUGUGUAAACGGAACGUUGAGGUGAUGAACAGCGUGGCCGAAGGAGCAGAUAUGGCAAUAUCCGAAUGUCAAUACCAAUUUAAAAACCGACGGUGGAAUUGUUCAACCGUUGACUCCAUUUCUGGGACAUCGCUCAAAGGGCCGGUGUUUGGGAAGGUCCUCGAACGAGGGACCAGAGAGGCUGCUUUUGUCCAUGCUAUUUCGUCGGCCGGUGUAGCUCAUUCCGUCACCACAGCGUGCAGCAGCGGCGAGCUCGAAAAGUGCGGGUGCGAUGCAAGUGUGACUGGAAACAGUCCUGACGGUUUCCAAUGGUCCGGAUGUUCUGAUCACAUCGAUUAUGGCAGUAUAUUCUCUAAGGAAUUUGUAGAUGCGAGGGAAAAAAGAGGCAGGAAACAACCAAAUAAUAGAUCGCUUAUGAAUUUGCACAACAACGAAGCCGGGCGAAGGACAAUUGAAUCCAAUAUGAAAAUCCAGUGUAAAUGCCAUGGCGUGUCUGGCUCGUGCGAGACGAAAACUUGUUGGCGAGCAUUACCUACCUUCCGAGAAGUGGGAGAAAAACUGAAAGAAAAAUUUGACGGCGCCACCGAGGUACGGACUGGUCGCAUCGGCAGCCGUCCACAACUUGUCCCAUUACACCCGUAUUUCAAACCACAUACCGACGCCGAUCUAGUAUAUUUGGACGAGUCGCCCGACUUCUGUGAGAACGACCUCAAAUCAGGGUCGUUGGGAACCACGGGUAGACGUUGCAACAAGACAUCGAAGGCCAUCGAUGGAUGCGAUUUAAUGUGCUGCGGACGAGGAUACGACUCGUAUACGGAGGAGCUGGUGGAAAGAUGUAGCUGUAAAUUCCAUUGGUGCUGCUAUGUAAAAUGCAAGAAAUGCAGGAGAACGGUACAGAUCAACAUUUGCCGGUAAAAUAGCGAGCGCCUCCACCUACAUUGAAGUUUUCUCCUUUCAAACAUUUCUAGAAAUACCGUGACUGCUGUUAUUAUUCAGACUGCUUUAGCAUCGGAUAGUGACACCACUUCGUAUUGUGAACAAAAUCAUUCCUGUAAUAUACAUGUAGCAUAUGACACCGUGCUAUAACUAUACUCUGAAUACUUGUUUUUAGUUGAAAAGUCAUUUUAUGUAAUAGUGUAUAUACUACUAAUUCCGUAUAUGGAAUUAAUUUGCAUAAAAUUCCAUGAUGCACCGCGAGUCGAUUGCUUGUCGUAUUUGUAUUGGAGUGCGAUAACCAUAAAAUAUGUACACAUUACUUGAAGAGAAACUGAAUGUUAUAACAUGUCGCCAAAUAACUCUUGAAUGUAUGUCAUACAUAUUUUGUGUUUGGCAUAUUGGUUCUCCAGAUUUUAAUUAAUAUUAUUAAUUUUCGUCAUUUUUAUUAGCGAAUAGAGAAAUAAGAUAUAUUUAUAAUUAUGAUAUUGGAAGGGAACUUUCAAAAAAAAUAUCAUUUGAGCACAUUACGGUCAGUUGAAUGUAUAUAUGUGUGUAUUGGUAUGGUUUAAUAUACGUAGAGUACCGAGGUUUGUCGAUCGGGUCUGCUUAGUAUACCCAUGCUCGUUGAAUCGACGCAGAUUUCAGUGUGUCUUUUAGAUCGAGGCAUAGUUUGUACGAAUCAGGUAAAAUACGAUUUUUUUCAACUUUGCUGUUAUAUGAAAAAAUGUAAAAUGGGCACAUUUUUUUUUGUGCUCCGGUAAUUUGGUCAGUAUUAUUACACAGUGAAGACAAAUAAUGUUUUAUGACGUCACGCCUAUGUGAUCUCCACCCAGAAGUAUUUAAACACAAAUUUGUAUUUUACUGUAAAAGAAUAUUUAUAAUGUGUCAUUUCUGUUACAUUUUAAAGACGAUUGUUGCUUUAAACAGGUUUACUGUGGUUAUAGAGGCUUAGUGUUUAAUCGGCAUACUGGGUGUUGUGAGUCGGAAUAUAUGCAGCGCCAUCAUUCGGGGUUAAUCAAUAAUGACACCGAGGGCGCUGUUGAAGUUUAUAUUUGUGCUUGGCCUUUAAGUUAUUUUGUUUAGAGUGACGACUAGCUGAAGCACAGUAGUGGUUAAUUCAAAUUUAUUGUAAUAAAUUCAGGUCUUUAUAAAACAUAAA